AUGGUGACGGCGGCAGAUGAAUGGACGAGGUCAGCGAUGAGAGACGGAGGAGUGGUGGCGGAGCUUUUGGUGAGCCUCAAAGAAGCCAAAGUCGCGAAUCCGACUGUAGCGGCUCUCCGGUGGGGAAUCCGGCAGCCUCGGUCUCGGUGUCCGAGAAAGGAAGCUGAAUCGGCUAAAAACUCGAGAUGUAGUCCAAGUACGCCGCUCUCUUGGAGCGGCGGUUGCGGUGGCUCCUCUUCUUCUCCGUCUGCCUACGUCGACGGUUACGAGGCCACGAGUCGUCAAAUCAGUGGCUCAUUCGCCGUCGGAUCUAGAUCCAAGGACAUGGCAUCGCUCAGAUCACCAUUCGUCGAGAACAAGAAGAGUUUGAAGAGGAUGAAGAUGAACACAGAAAUGCCUACUUUGCUCUCAGAUUGUAAUUUGGUAGAGAGUGAGGAUUGCAAGGUGGAUGAUGGCAAUUUCCUGCUACCGGAUUUGAAUGUAAUGCCAUGUGAGGAAAAUGUUGACCACUAUUCUUCUUCUUUGGGUGUGGACACAACACUAUAUGGGAUUAGGAUGAUAAGGUGA